AUGAGGGAGAAAAUGAGACAAUACGAGUCUCGAAUGAGAUCAACCGAAGCGCUUAAACAGAAAUUAAAGCAAUUGACUUUGGACAACAAGGAGCUGCGGAAACAAGUGAAGGUCCUGCGGGCUGAAAUUGGUUUAGAGGCCAGUCCUAAAUUUCACGGUAAAACCACCAAGGAUAUAAUCAACGACCUGCACGAGAAGGAGCGCGAGUGCAAUUCACUUGUUGUGGUAUGGAGGGCGGUGGCGAGCAUUGCAUGGUCAGUGCUUCUCUUGCCCGUGACAGCUGCAGUCUUUGUGCUCUUGAGUAGAUUCAGCUUGUUUCACCCCAUCCAGUGGAUUUCAGAAUGCACAAGUCUUCUGACGGCCUCAAGCACCAUCUUUUCCCUUGUGGUGCUGUGUGGGGUGGUUCUGAUCACUGGCCUUUUCAACCUGGAGUUUUACACUUUGGUUCCCUCCAUUCCAUGUUCACGCAUGGCUCUCCUGGGGACGGUGCUUCACCCACGACAAUGUGUCCAUUCUUUGGUCUACUGCACCAUGGGCAUGCUGGUAAUGUGGUGUGCUUCUGUUACCAUCGGGGGACGUUACAGCACUCUGGGAAUUCCCUGCAGGCAAAGUGAGAGUGGUGAAGUAGUGACCUGUCUGAAUGAGUAUCAUCUCUUUCUUCUCCUGGCUGGGGCCUUCAUGGGAUACAGUCAUAGUUUCUUGGGAGUGGUUCAAAAUAUGUACUAUGUGUCCUUUCAACCCAUACAACAAUACAAAUAUCCGCGGUUCAAGGGCUGUCUGCCAAUGGUGGUCAAGUGCAGUGUUAUUCAGUCCUUAUAUUCAGCCAGGAAUUUUGCUGCUCUCUAUUUCUUUUUUGGGUAUGCUCCUAAAACCUGGAUCUCCAGCACACUUCAUCUACAGAUAGACAGUUCUCUCCAACCACUGGAUUCACUGACUGGACUUCUAGAUUUCUCGCUCCUUUACCACCUGACGAUCAGUGGCACUUUCCUGUAUUUCACCUGGUAUCUCACUGUGCUUCUCUUCAGGAUUUAUGUCACAGAGGCUUACAGUUUUCCAGUGCAGUCCACAUUUACUGAGGAUGCAGAGCAAUGUCUUCCCAAAGUUUUGGCUGAGACGAACACUUUAGUCAUGAAGUUUUUCGCUCUACAAGACCUCGCUCUGUUAUCACAACAUUCUCUCUCACGCAGACUAGAAGUCUUCUGUCUGAGUCAGCCAGGUGGUCACCCUCAUAACUGGAAUGCCAUCAGUAGGGAAUGUCUGUCUUUGCUGAGUGAGCUGACACAGAGACUGGUGGCUCAUCAGGAUGCGGUUGCCUCUAAUGGCCGAGUCAAGUCUCAGUCUGCCAGCAGUGACACCAGAUCAGCUUCUUUAAGCAGCUCAGUGAUGUCAGGAACAGAGGACAUUGCUGAGACCCCUCGACUUGGUGUCCCGCUAAGGACCCCUGGUUCAGUCUUCAAGUCAUCGGUGGGGGGGGUGCACAGUGCUUUGACGGCUCCUUUCACCCCGGAUGUGGACAGCCCUUUCUCUUCCCCUGCUAUUCGACGUCUGGUUGGCCAACAGGAACCCCGGUCUCCCUGGUUUGGUACAGUACAAAGCCCCCAUAUCAUGAGGAGAGGGCCCAAACUGUGGAGUGCCUCCACAGAGUCACAAUCCAAUGGCAGUCCUCCUGCCUCCCCUGUCACUGUUCCUAGUCCUCCUGCAGCCAGUGAGAAACCCAGCUUCCUGGCCCAGUGGCUACAGAACAGGAGAGAGCAGGUUAAAAGCUUUUUGGCAAAGCGGGUGCUGAUAGUGUAUUUAUUUAACAAGCUUCCAGAAGCCUCUUCCCAAGCUCUGUUUGCUGACAGCCAGGUUCAUAUAUGGGCUCUCCAAGGACUAUCUCAUCUGGUGGCAGCCUCUUUCUCUGAGGAUCAGUUUGGAGUUGUGCAGACCACGUUACCCAAUAUUCUUAGCUGCUUGGUAGUCUUGCUAGAGGCUGUUGACAGACACUUUAAACUGCCACAUGCCUCCAGCAAACCUGCGAGGGCUGUCUGCAGAAUGGGUGACUCCACCUACAAAACUCUAAGGUUUGCACUGAGGGCUGCGCUGAAGACAGCCAUCUACAAGAUAACUACAACUUUUGGAGAGCACUUGAAUGCUGUGAAUAUUUCAACAGAACAUAGAAAAAGGCUUCAGCAGUUCUUGGAAUUCAAGGAAUAGUGCAACACACAACCUCUCCUCAAUACCUUUGGAUAUAUGUGUGUCCGGAGACAAAAGAGACCAUGCUUCUUCAAAAGAUCUGAUAUGGAGGUUUAGCACUGUCAUUCAAGGCCUUACUUUACAGCCAAGUGCUGCACUUUUUUUCCCAUUGAAAUCCCAGUCACAUUCUAAGUAACAUUUACAUAUUCCUUAUACGUAUCAAUCAUUCACAUAAUCUGGGAAUUUUGUUUUGUGUGUAUGUACCUGCGUACUACAAUGUGAAGAGACUUCAAAAUCAUGGUGGGGACUUAAGUAAAUGUUUAAGGCAUUAUUACUCUUCAUCUUCAGUAUAUUUAAAUUGUAUUAUGCUCCCUUUAACAAAAAAGGGGGUCGCUGUUUGCGUCUUGCAUCAUUAAUUGUUCACAUUGGUUCUACAUUUGUGAUGUUUUUAUAGCACUCUGAUUGGAUGGUAAAUUUUCAAGGCCUGUGCAUGUUACAUGGAUCUUUGCUUCCACGUUUGUUUAAUGUCAAAUAUUACAUUUUUGAAACCUUCAUAUAAUAAAGCUUU